UGGGGUUGCUGCUGCUGCUGGCAGCUGGAGGGAGGGCAUGGGUCUGGCUACCUUGCCGGGACUUGCAGCACCGAACAGGCAAGGGGCCGAGUCCUUCAGUCUUUUGGGAGAGAACAGAGGCACCCUUCCAUCACGGGUGCAAAUGAGAUAGAAGAGGGAGCGGUGGACUUUGAUCCAAACGUCCUGGUGCUCAGACCUGGACGCCAAAGUCCGGCCAGAUGCCUAAAUCGCCCUUGACAAGGGACCUAAAAUGAGACGACCCUGGGAUUGAGGGAAGGCGUGAGCACCGCCCAGGACCUGAGUUCCUGGAGUCCCUGGAGCCUGACCUGCCGGCCCUGAGAGCCAUGGGGCUCCACCUGUGGGCUGCAGGCCCUGAAGCCCAUUCCGCUGGAAUUCGCGAUCUGCUGGCCGAGGUCUCCGCUCAAGUGGAUGCACCGGUGCCCGGAUACUUAUCUGCCCCCCAGAGCAUAAUGGACACGUGCCUGUACAUCUUCACCUCUGGUACUACCGGCCUCCCCAAGGCUGCUCGGAUCAGUCACCUGAAGGUCCUGCAGUGCCAGGGCUUCUACCAGCUGUGCGGUGCCCACCAGGAGGAUGUGAUCUACCUGGCCCUCCCACUCUACCACAUGUCCGGCUCCCUGCUGGGCAUCGUGGGCUGCUUGGGCAUCGGGGCCACAGUGGUACUGAAGUCCAAGUUCUCAGCUGGUCAGUUCUGGGAGGACUGCCAGAAGAACCGGGUGACGGUGUUCCAGUACAUCGGGGAAUUAUGUCGAUAUCUCGUCAACCAGCCCCCGAACCAGGCAGAACGUGGACACAGGGUCCGGCUGGCAGUGGGCAGUGGGCUGCGCCCGGACACCUGGGAGCGUUUCGUGCGGCGCUUCGGGCCCCUGCAGGUGCUGGAGACGUACGGACUGACGGAGGGCAACGUGGCCACGUUCAACUACACCGGACAGCGGGGCGCUGUGGGCCGCGCCUCCUGGCUUUACAAGCAUGUCUUCCCCUUCUCUUUGAUUCGCUAUGAUGUCACCACAGGGGAGCCAUUUCGGGACACGCGGGGGCACUGUGUGGCCACAUCUGCAGGUGAGCCAGGGCUGCUGGUGGCCCCGGUGAGCCAGCAGUCUCCGUUCCUGGGCUACGCCGGGAAGCCAGAGCUGGCCCAGGGGAAGCUGCUCAAGGAUGUCUUCCGGCCGGGGGACCUUUUCUUCAACACCGGGGACCUGUUGGUCUGCGAUGACCAAGGCUUUCUCCGCUUCCAUGAUCGCACUGGGGACACCUUCAGGUGGAAGGGGGAGAACGUGGCCACAACUGAGGUGGCGGAAGCCUUGGAGGCCCUGGAUUUCCUCCAGGAGGUGAACGUCUACGGAGUCACCGUGCCAGGGCACGAAGGCAGGGCUGGAAUGGCGGCCCUGGUUCUGCGUCCCCCCCACUCACUGGACCUCGGGCAGCUCUACGCCUAUGUUUCUGAGCACUUGCCACCUUACGCCUGGCCCCGGUUCCUGCGGCUCCAGGAGUCUCUGGCCACCACAGAGACCUUCAAGCAGCAAAAGGUUCGGAUGGCCAAGGAGGGCUUCGACCCGAGCGCCCUGCCCGACCCGCUCUACGUUCUGGACCAAGCGGGGGGCGCCUACCUGCCCCUCACACCCGCCCGGUACCGAGCCCUCCUGGCGGGGGACCUGCGAAUCUGAGCGCCCUCCAUGCCCGGCUGAGAGGGGCCUGUGGGGCGGGGCAUGGCAGGGGCUGCAGGGAUCUUUUCUACCCAGAUUUGUACUCAUUAUUUUGUAAUAAACGCGCCCAGAGCCAGUCUGGCUGUCU